AUGGCGAGCGCAACUGUCGGAAACCCAUCGAAUCACCCUCAUCUUUUGGGGAACAAGAAGCAGAAGCAGGCUCCUUCUUCCUUUAGCGAUGCCUCGGUAUUCGAUACGCUUGCUGAAGACAACGAAUAUGCGACUUUGAAGAAGCUGCAACGUCACUUAGAGUAUAUUCAACUUCAAGAAGAAUACAUCAAAGACGAGCAAAGGAGUCUGAAACGAGAACUUGUAAGAGCUCAGGAGGAGAUCAAACGCAUCCAAUCAGUGCCACUGGUGAUAGGACAGUUUAUGGAGGCGAUAGAUCAAAACACUGGGAUUGUGCAAAGUUCCACCGGAUCUAAUUAUGUUGUUCGAAUACUAUCGACUCUCGACCGUGAGCUCCUGAAACCAUCUUCUUCCGUCGCGUUACAUCGUCAUUCGAACGCCUUGGUCGACAUCCUCCCCCCAGAAGCCGACUCAUCGAUAGCGAUGCUUGGGCAGGAUGAAAAGCCGGAUGUUACAUAUGCAGAUGUUGGCGGAUUGGAUAUGCAGAAACAAGAGAUCAGAGAAGCGGUCGAGCUCCCCCUUACACAUUUUGAUCUUUAUAAACAGAUUGGCAUUGACCCCCCUCGUGGGGUUCUACUCUAUGGACCCCCGGGGACGGGAAAAACAAUGCUUGUCAAAGCGGUUGCAAACAGCACAACAGCAAGCUUCAUUCGCGUCGUCGGGUCUGAGUUCGUGCAGAAGUACCUCGGAGAAGGUCCACGCAUGGUUCGUGAUGUUUUUAGAAUGGCAAGGGAAAACUCCCCGGCUAUAAUUUUCAUCGAUGAGAUUGAUGCUAUUGCUACGAAAAGAUUUGACGCACAAACUGGGGCGGAUAGAGAAGUUCAACGUAUUCUUCUAGAGCUUCUAAACCAGAUGGAUGGCUUUGACCAAACUGCUAACGUCAAAGUCAUAAUGGCUACGAAUCGUGCCGAUACGCUGGAUCCUGCCCUAUUGCGCCCUGGGCGUCUUGAUAGGAAAAUUGAAUUUCCCAAUCUGAAAGAUCGACGUGAGCGACGUCUCAUUUUUACAACCAUUGCCGCAAAAAUGUCAUUAUCCCCCGAAUGUGACUUAGACUCACUGAUAGUACGAAAUGAUCCACUUUCGGGUGCUGUAAUCGCGGCUAUCAUGCAAGAGGCGGGGCUCCGGGCGGUUCGGAAAAACCGAUACAAUAUCAUACAAGCCGAUCUCGAUGAUGCUUAUUCGAGCCAAGUCAAAGGAGGAACUGAAGCAGACAAGUACUAUCUUCUUAAUAAUGUUCAAAUUGUCGAUUCACGCCUGGCUAAUGUUGCACUAGAUUUGAAUUUUACCGGUAAAAUGCUGGGGCAUGACUUCGUUGUGCUGCACUUCUCAUAG